GAACCAAAAUAAACUAGAAUACUAAUUAAUUCAACUUUAUCAAUAAAAUUUACAACUUGCAACUUGUUAAAAUUAACUGAUGACAUUCUUUUUGAGCAAGAAAGUGGGCCAGAGUGGCAACUGGCAGGCAAGAAGAUUAAAGAAAAAGAGAGAAAAAAAAAGAGGAAAAAGACAACCAGCCACAGCUCCCCUUAAGUCCAAGUCAAUACUCAUUAUAUAUUUCUUCUUCUUUCUAAACCCAACACAGUUUAUACAUAUUCUUUUCUUUUCACUGUAUAGCCGGCAAAAUGAAAUUCCGAUCUUGGACUUCAGUUUCCCCAUCCGUUACCACCGCGGACGACCACCCUAUUCCGCCACCAAAAGUGGUAUUUUCCGAUGAUGCAAGUAACUUUUCCGAUUUACAUAGCAGUUCACCAUCACUAUUUUCUCAAGAAACCAAUUCUUUUAGUAGUUUACAAAGCAAUCUUUCUCUUUUAACUUUACCUUCUGUUCCUUCUCUUCAAGAUCUCUCCCCUGGUACUCUAAACCUAUCAAUCUCCGCUCGCUGUGUAAAUUCUCUUAAUCCUAGAAAUGCUCAGGUUAGUUUCCUUGCUAUGCACAACAAUCUCCUUUAUGCUGCUUCUGCCAAUGAAAUCAACGUAUUCGAACUCACAAAUUUUACCCUUAUCGAUACUUUCAAUAACAAAGACCCCUCUUCUGGUUCUGCAAAAUCUGUUACCUUUCUCGAUGGUAAAAUCUUCACUGCCCAUCAAGACUGUAAGAUCAAGGUGUGGAAAUUGACAUCCAUUAAGCAACAUAAACUAAUCAGAACUCUUCCAACGCUUGAAGACAGAAUACGCAGAUUCGCUUUUCCUAGCAGUUAUACAAAUGUGAUAAGACACAAGAAAAAACUGUGGAUUGAACACCAUGAUGCUGUUUCAGGGUUAGCAGUAAAUGCAAACGAAAAUUUGGUGUGCUCAGUUUCGUGGGAUAGGUGUUUGAAACUUUGGAGAGGUUCGAAUUUACGGUGUACUGAAUCAGUUAAAGCGCAUGACGAUGCGAUUAACGCCGUUGUUGUUGGAACAGAUGGCACAAUUUUUACAGGUUCUGCUGAUAAAAGAAUUCGUGUUUGGGGUAAACGAAAUGAGGAAAGAAAAUCGAAAAUUGGAUUAAUUGCAACGUUAGAGAAGCAUAAAUCAGCGGUAAAUGCAUUGGCAUUAAGUUCCGAUGGUUCGAUUUUAUUUUCGGGCGCAUGUGAUCGGUCGAUUUUGGUAUGGGAAAGGGAAGACAGUGCGAACUACAUGGUCGUGACGGGUGCAUUGAGAGGACAUACGAAAGCAAUACUAUGUUUGAUCAACGUUAAUGAUUUGUUGUUCAGUGGAUCAGCGGAUCGAACGGUGAGGAUUUGGACACGUGGGAAUCAAGGACAGUUUGGUUGUUUAACAGUUCUUGAUGGACAUCGGACACCGGUGAGGUCAUUGGUGGCGACGGUGGCGAAAAGCGGUGGAGCUGAUGGUGGUGUUAAGUUGUUUAGUGGGAGCUUUGACGGAGAAAUUAAAGUGUGGCAAAUUGUGGUUUCUAGUUCUAGUGGCAGUCCUCUGAUAUCAUGAUAUUUGUAUUUUAAUAAAUUAUUUGGGUGGAAUGUAAGAAAACAAAUUUUAUGUACUUACACGUUAAAUACCUUUUUUUUAAAUUGCUUGAAAUUUUAUUUGGAAUUUGGUGCUA